GGGGGUGGGGGGAGGCUAUAUAUAUGCUGGUGUGGCUGGUACGGCGGACUGAGCCUCACAUCCGAGGGAGCCGGGCUACUGACAGCUCUCAGCAUUUUAGCACCCUACUUCCUGCUCCUGCACCAUGAAAAUCCUCCUUUGUGACCUCCUGCUGCUCAGCCUCUUCUCCAGCGUGUCUGGAAGCUGCCAAAAGGACUGUCUGACCUGCAGAGAGAAGCUCCGCCCAGCUCUUGACAGCUUCAACCUUGAGGUGUGCAUCCUUGAGUGUGAAGGGAAGGUCUUCAGCAGCCCUCUCUGGACUCCAUGCACCAAGGUCAUGGCCAGGAGCUCCUGGCAGCUCAGCCCUGCUGCCCCAGAGCACGUGGCAACUGUCCUUCACCAGCCAAGUACCUCUGAGAUCCAGCUGAAGCGCAUGCCUCGCAUCAGGAGCCUAAUCCAAGCCCAGGAAGGGACCGAGCCAGGCAUGGAUGAGGCUGGAGAGAUAGAGCAGAAGCAGCUGCAGAAGAGAUUUGGAGGCUUCACUGGGGCCCGGAAGUCAGCCCGGAAGUUGGCCAACCAAAAGCGGUUCAGUGAGUUUAUGAGGCAGUACCUGGUCCUGAGCAUGCAGUCCAGUCAGCGCCGGCGCACCUUGCAUCAGAAUGGUAAUGUGUAGCCGGAAGGGGAGCCCCUCCCAGCUGCACCGUCCACUUCAACCCAUGAGUGUCCAGGUGAUCCCCAAAACAGCAUGUCUCCAGCCCCAGACCUGUCGGCUGGGAAUCGGGACUCCUUCCUUCCCAAGGCCCUGAGGCAAGCUCUGCCUUCAGGUCUCCACCCUCAGGGUGGAGAACCUCCCUGUCUGGUUGUCUUUCUCUCCCCCCUCCCCCAGUCCCUUCCCGCCCCCCCCCCCCCCCAUGGCAUGUUUCAUGACAAUCUUGUUGCUACAUCAGAGUGUAUUUUUGUAAUUCCUCUGGCUAACAUAUAAACGGCCCCAUCCGUCCUCACUCCACACUCUCCUCUUCUAGGGGUGGGUCAAAGGAACAGGAAAUUAAGCCCGGGGUUUUGACUUGUCACUGCCAUAACUUGUUUGUAAAAGAGCUGUUCUUUUUGACUGAUUGUUUUAAACAGAUAUUUCUCCAUUAAACUUCUACUGAGCAAAUGGUUAA